AUGGCGAAGAAGAUCGUGUUCAACAUCUCUAGCGACUUCCAAUUGAAGUCGAUGCUGGGCGAAGGCGCAUACGGUAUUGUGUGUUCUGCUGUGCACAAACCGACUGGGGAGCUCGUGGCGAUCAAGAAGAUCGAGCCCUUCGAGAAGCCGCUGUUUGCGCUGCGGACGCUGCGCGAGAUCAAGAUCCUGCGGCACUUCCAGCACGAGAACAUCGUGUCGAUCUUCGACAUCCAGAGGCCAGAAUCCUUUGAGCAGUUCAACGAGGUGUAUAUCAUCCAGGAACUGAUGCAGACGGACCUGCACCGCGUGAUCGCGACGCAGCAGCUCACAGACGACCACAUCCAGUACUUCAUCUACCAGACGCUGCGCGCCGUGAAGACGCUACACGGGUCCAACGUGAUCCACAGAGACCUCAAGCCCUCGAACCUGCUCAUCAACAGCAACUGUGACCUCAAAGUCUGCGACUUCGGGCUUGCGCGUAUAGCGACGCAGCCGGGCGCGCAGGCUACAGAGCAGGACCCUGGGAACAAGAACGCAGGGAUGACAGAGUACGUCGCUACAAGGUGGUACCGUGCGCCCGAGGUGAUGCUCACCGCGGCGAAGUACUCGCGGGCAAUGGACGUGUGGUCCUGCGGGUGCAUCCUCGCGGAGCUGUUUGCCAAGAAACCCGUGUUCCCGGGGAGAGACUACCGACACCAGCUGCUGCUCGUGUUCGGGCUCAUUGGGACGCCGACGGAGACAGACCUCGAGUGUAUCGAGUCGCAUCGGGCAAGAGAGUACCUCCGGUCGCUGCCCGCAGCGCCACCAGCACAGUUCGCAGAGGUAUUCCCGCGAGCGAACCCGCUCGGCGUGGACUUACUCCGCAAGCUCCUAGUGUUCGACCCGCGGCAGCGUAUCACUGCAGCAGACGCCCUCAGACACCCGUACCUCAGCGCAUACCACGACCCGGCAGACGAGCCAGAGGGAGAACCCAUUGACCGCUCGUUCUUCGAGUUCGACCACUACAAAGACGUCCUGACUACGAAGGACCUCAAAAAGUUGCUCUGGAACGAGAUCUUCACAUGA